AUGGAAAAGCUCGAACAAGUUCAAUGCUUCGGCCGCAAGAAGAACGCCGUCGCCGUCACCUACUGCAAGCGCGGUCGUGGCCUAAUCAAGAUCAACGGCGCCCCAAUCGAGUUGGUCCAGCCAGAGAUCCUCCGCUUCAAGGCCUUUGAACCGAUCCUGUUGUUGGGAAAGAGCCGAUUCGCUGGAGUGGACAUGCGCAUCCGUGUCAAGGGCGGUGGUCACACCUCUCAGAUUUACGCCAUCAGGCAGAGCAUUGCUAAGGCGCUGGUGGCUUUCUACCAGAAGUACGUGGAUGAACAGAGCAAGAAGGAGAUCAAGGAUAUUUUGAUCCGUUAUGAUAGGACUUUGCUUGUGGCUGAUCCUAGGCGUUGUGAGCCGAAGAAGUUUGGUGGGCGUGGUGCUCGUGCGAGGUUCCAGAAGUCUUACCGUUAG